UACCUUAUCUGCCGCAUUCCAACUCAUGUUGUUAUUCUGAGCAAAACUCGACUCGCUCGCUCGUCUCGACAUCUGCACCGGAUCGAGCUCAGCAAAGCCCGAGCCGGAGGCGCUCGUCUGCCCGGGGAGCGGCGCCAUGCGGGUCCGCCUCUUCCUCUGAACCGGGCAAGCGCGAGCCGCCUUCUUCCUCCGGCUCGGCGUCGGCGGCGACGACGAGCGUCGGUGGCGGCAUAGCACGGUCCAGCGACGAGCAGGUGAUUCGGCGCCCAGCUCUGCUGCCGCGACGAGCGCUGAAGGCGGCUCUCCGUCUGUCUAAUUUGACGCUCGAUUUGCCUCAGGCCUGCACGGCUCAACUGAUUUCAUGUAGAGGAGGGCAAUCUGUUCUCAUCCCCUCGACUUCCAGCAGAGCGUGCGAAGUCUCGUCCGCAGCAACGACGACGCCGGCUCAGGCAGCCGCGGGCACGGCAAUGCCGGUUCCUCUUGCCCCUUACCCAACUCCUCCUGCGCCCUUCACGCCACCCGCUCCCAAUGCAGGGGCUCAAAGCCAACUUGUCUGCUCUGGGUGCCGGAAUCUGCUCAUGUAUCCUGCCGGCGCAACGUCGGUAUGCUGCGCGGUUUGCAGUACCGUGACCGCUGUUCCGGCUCCUGGGACCGAGAUGGCGCAGCUAGUUUGCGGAGGAUGCCACACUCUUCUGAUGUACAUACGUGGUGCCACAAGUGUACAGUGUUCUUGCUGCCACACUGUCAACCUGGCAAUGGAAGCGAAUCAGGUUGCGCAUGUAAACUGUGGGAGUUGCCGAAUGCUGCUCAUGUACCAGUACGGCGCAAGGUCCGUCAAAUGUGCAGUCUGCAGUUUCGUGACAUCAGUUGGGGCAUCAUCGGGUGCAGAGCAGAAGCCCAGCAACUGAAAUCCUGCAAGUUCAUUACGAAGGCAGCUUCCCGAAAUAAGAAUGCUUUGAGUGCACAUGUAUAGAGUUCUUCCCAGAAGCAACCUUUUCCUCCCCUCUCCAUUUCUCCCUUCGUUGGACCUGGCGAGCUUGCGGAAUAAACAAGAGUUUUUGGUAAUACAUAGUUGCUCAAAAUUCGUCGAAUCAUCUGUGUAACUGGGUCAGACAGAUACAUGAACCCACCAUGUUUAUGUUCAAAUUUAGCUUCUUUUA